GAACCCCGUUGGUAUGAGAUGUGAGGAGGUUGAUUUAACAGUGACAGCACCAGCCUGUGCCAUAAGCUGAACAGUAGAACUGGACGGAACUGUCCUCAUCAGCAGAGUGGACACUGAUGCCUGGAGUAGCAGGUCGUGCAUAAGCAACAUCUGUCUUCAUCUGCAAGUAAGAAUUUUGCACCAAAACCCUCCAAGAAAGUUUCCCCGCUCCCUUCUGAAGCUGCUGUGGGAAGUCAUCUGCGUUGUCUCUGCUGCAGCUGCAAUAAUGUCUUGACUGAUUUGCAUUCAUGGCUCUUGGAUGAUCUGGUGAACCAUGGAGCUCAAAGUAUGGGUGGACGGAGUGCAGAGAAUCGUGUGUGGGGUCACCGAAGUCACAACAUGCCAGGAAGUUGUAAUAGCCCUUGCUCAGGCUAUUGGGCGCACCGGGCGCUACACGCUGAUCGAGAAGUGGCGGGACACGGAGCGGCACCUGGCGCCGCACGAGAACCCCAUCGUGUCCCUCAACAAGUGGGGGCAGUACGCCAGCGACGUGCAGCUGAUCCUGCGGCGCACCGGGCCCUCCCUGAGCGAGCGGCCCACGUCGGACAGCGUGGCGCGCAUCCCCGAGAGGACUCUGUACCGGCAGAGCUUGCCGCCGCUGGCCAAGCUGAGGCCGCCCGGGGACAAGGCCAUGAAGAGGAGGGAGCCGAAAAGGAAAUCCCUCACCUUCACUGGCGGCGCCAAGGGGCUAAUGGACAUCUUCGGGAAGAGCAAGGAGUCGGAGUUCAAGCAGAAGGUGCUCAACAACUGUAAAACGACAGCGGACGAGUUGAAGAAACUGAUCCACCUCCAGACGGAGAAGCUUCAGUGCAUCGAGAAGCAGCUGGAGUCCAACGAAGCCGAGAUCCGCUACUGGGAGCAAAAGUACAACGCCAGCCUGGAAGAAGAAAUCCUCAAACUGGAGCAGAAGAUCAAACGGAACGAAGUGGAGAUUGAGGAGGAAGAAUUCUGGGAAAACGAGCUGCAGAUCGAACAGGAGAAUGAAAAGCAGCUGACGGAGCAGCUGCAGGAGAUGAGGCAGAGGAUCCUGGAGUGCGAGAGCAAGCUCAAGGACUAUGUGUCUCAGAUCCACAACAUGGAGAGUGGCCUUGAAGCAGAGAAGUUGCAGCGGGAAGUUCAAGAGUCCCAGGUGAAUGAAGAAGAGGUCAAGGAAAAGAUUGAGAAGGUGAAGGGAGAAAUUGAUAUUCAGGGCCAGCAGAGUCUGAGAUUGGAAAAUGGCAUUAAAGCAGUAGAAAGGUCUUUGGGCCAAGCUACCAAGCGAUUACAGGACAGGGAACAAGAACUGGAGCAACUGACCAAGGAGCUGCGCCAGGUGAACCUGCAGCAGUUCAUCCAGCAAACAGGAACCAAGGUGACGGUGCUGCCGGCAGACCCCACGGAGGUGGAGGCCCCACACGUGGAGCUUGAGAGAGAGCCAACCUUUCAGUCUGGGUCCCUGAAGCGCCCUGGCUCCUCGAGACAGCUCCCCAGUAACCUUCGGAUCCUACAGAACCCCCUGUCAUCUGGUUUUAACCCGGAGGGCAUUUAUGUAUGACAGUACAUACCUCUUCUAGAGAGGACCUAGCAAGGUACCCUGGACAAGAUACACUUUAUUUUAUUCUGCCAAUGAUGAAUGGAAGGAGUUUGUCUUGUUCUGUUUUUUUGUUACACCGCCGUGUUAUUUUUCUUCUUCCUCCAACACCACUUGGAGCCAUACCCUGUGCACUGAUGCUCAAGAGGCAGGAACUGUCUCGAUUCAAAAUUGGCAAGGACGACUUUGCUGUCAACACAGCUUGAGUGCAAAAACCUUCAUUGGUUUUGCCACUUCAGAAGUGUUUGGGAAAGUAUUGUUCCUUGUAUAGGCAUAAAUGGAAGACUGAGGGUGAAGGAAACUAUGUAUGCAACUUACCUGAGUUUUAAUUUAUUCCCUUUAGUCAAUGGACCUGUGAAUGUUGACCUUUUAUAUUUUUAUUUUUAACUUGUGAAUUUUCACAUCUGGCUGUGUGUCAGUCUGACGAGGUGACUUUAAUUUGUGUUUGCCGACAUCCCCUAUCUGAUCAAGUACAGCAAUCUGCAAUGCAGAGUUCUGAGGGGUGCUGAACCAUUGCAGUGGUUUCUCACCACUAACUUUGUUCAUUUCUGUCGUGGGUCAUCAUAUGUCGUGUUCCAUCCAUUGCUACCUUUUAAAGCUUGAAAAGUGAGCUUGUGGGAUUUACUUGCUGUUGUAUCUGCCUUGAAUGAAGCACCUAGUGUUCAAAAGAUUUAUGGAUUUUAAACUUUGGCUUGGUAAAAAUAUUUCCAGCAUAUGGUUGAGGAUGCACUAGUUAGAUGAUAUUUUAUUAUAUAGAAUGUAUAUUUGAAAUAUUUUGCCACAUUGUAUAUGCCUUUUGAGAAAAGAACAAUGUAAGAAGUUGUCUUCAUAUAUCUUACCAAAAGAGAGUAGGAGGCUUUCA